CUCGCGACCGGUUGUGCGCCCCUGUGUGGCACGAUAUUUUGUUUUGCUCUUUAUACUACGACAUCGUAUUUGUUAGCUUUCGUGCGUCAAUACAUUGUGAACGGUGGAAGUUGAUGUACAAACCGCGCUUUGUGCGUUGUUCGGUGCUCGCGUUAUCCGUGUUUGAAAGCGCGAAAGUGAGUAAGGCGAAGCGAGCCACUGAUAAGACGGUCGAGUGACAGAUGAUAGGCCGCUGUUCUUUGUGGUUAAAUUUAACACAAAUCGUAGCUCACAGCACGGGCCCCUUGUAGCAAUAGCUGCAGCAGUCGUGUUUCGAAGUGUGGCCGACAAGGACCUUAACGCUGUGCUUGGUAGUGUACGAAGAUCCUUUAGUGCCUCUGUCGGUGCUGUCAGUGCUGUCAACCGGGGCACAAAAUUGCGCCAAAACAAUACAGUAGCCGCUCAUCGUAGUAGCCCUACCGUGUGCGUGGAGAGCAGGUGCAUUGUGGCGAAGAAAUGGACACCAACAGCCUCCUGAACAUGAAUCUGGCACUGAAUGUGGCCCGCAAGUGUCGCAUCUGUGGCAUGGACAUCCUCGACCUUUCCUGUGCGUUCUCGAUCUUUGGCAGUGAUCGGCUCGAUCACAAGCUCGAACGUUAUCUGCGGCUAAACAUACAAACGGACGAUUUGAUGCCGAAAUGUAUUUGCGGUUCCUGUUACCUGAAGCUUGAAAGCAUCGACCAGUUUGCGCUGAUGGCCAACCGCACGGAGGAAGCAUUCCGGACGUGGAUUCGCCGCUUGCGUGGUCUCAACUGUCCCGCUGACCCCGUACAGAACGUAAACCUUGUGCUGCCCCUGUUCAGACCGCAGCAAACUGCAUACGCCAACGAGUGCACCACUGAGCAGAAGAUUCACGUGCGUUCGUUCCAACCGAAAGAGACUAAAGAGCAACCCCAUCGGCAAUAUUCAUCUAUCCCUCCCGUAACACCAAAGCUGUCUCCAGCCGGAUGCAGCGGUCAUGUGAAUCCACAGGAAACCACCGUUAUAUCCUACAGCGAUCUCAAGCUUGGGUUGCUCAUCAAAGACCAGGAGCUACUAAAACUAAUCCUUAAGGCACUCAAGUGGGCCGAAAAUGAUCAAAAGGCAUCGUUCGAGGUGCUAAUACAACGGCUGAAGAACACCAGCUUUCGCGAGAUACUUUCGAACCAUCAUCUGCUGAACGAUAGCGAUCUGACGCAGCUACUCAAAUCGUACAUUGGCCAGGGUGUGAUGAAUAUCUUCUCGGCAUCUUCACCAUCGACCACCAUCAACCACAACAACAAUGUUCCGCCACUGGUACUAUCGUCUUCUAUUGUUUCGCAAACGGCUGGCACCGGUGUUCCUCUUACGAACGAUAUCCUGGGAGGCAUCAAUCGCAUAAAGCUACCGGUUGCACCAUCUAAUACAACGCCACCGCCAGCUCAGUACACUAUGCCCAACAGAGGUAGUGGGAGUGGUUUUAAAAUCGACGAAGCCAGCGUUAGCGAACGGAUGGAAGUGGGUGUCGAUCCGGAUCUCUAUUUUCCGUACGAAGAUGAGGACAGCAGCAGUGUCAACAAGUUUGACUCAAGAUUUGACGAGCGGCAGGAUAAUACAGUCACUAUCAAGUUGGUGCCGACCUCAGGCGAUUCGACGGAAUGCAGAAAGAUGAUUCCUGCCAUUUUGAACGUGCGCAGCAGCAAUCGCUUCCAGUGUAGUAUGUGUCCGGAGUGUUUUCCCUCGAACAACGACCUCCAGCAACACACCGUCCUUCGUCAUCUGCCAACCGCACACCCAACAGUGAUGACGGAACACGGCAAACCGGCGAUCAAGAUCCGUGUACGUAAGAACAAAGUGAUGACACUGCCAUCCGAUCGUCCGCUACCGAAGCUAUCCAGUAUCACUUCAUCAGUAUCAACAGCAACGGGGGAGCUGCCCUCCGUUACCGAAUCAGUAACGAUCGCACCGUUAAAGAUACCUGCUUCGACAACGAUUACGGUUGUACCGGCCUGUACUAAACCACCAAAUCAACCCAUUCCGUCGGGAUCGGGUGUCAUCACGCUAAAUCCCGGUACGGCAAAGGUUCGCAAACGGUUAGUAGAACCACCGCCCAAGGUGGAACUGGUACGCAAAUCCAAGAGGAAGCCCGUACCCAAAGUAAAACAUUCUCCGAGCCCAGUGCCGAGCGAAAAGAAGACGAAUCGAAGCGUCCGAAAAUCCAACGAACCAGAGCUCGAUGCUCGAGGAAAGAUAUCUCGGCGCAGAAGGACACCUUCCGCUUUCUGUACCGUGUGCCGGACGAAACUUGCGGCUCGAGAAACGAUCCGACAGCAUAUGGAGCAGCAGCAUUCGCGGUUCGAGUGUGAAAACUGUGGUCGAACGUUCAAGAGUAAGCUCAACUUGGCGCGCCAUCAGCAGCAACAUGGAGCAAAGAAGAGUGUACCCAGCAAUCCCGGGGGGAAUGAUCAAACGCAACGAUCUUCCAAAGAGAAGAAGCCGGAAGAAACGCAGUUGCACAAGUGUACGCAGUGCAGCAAAGCAUUUCGCAAAGCGGUGCACCUCAAAGUACACUUGCUAAAUCACAACAACGAGGAGGCCAAACGUGUGGUGGAACCGAAAGUGACGAUCGCAAAAGAGACCACGGUGCUUCGCAAGCGAACAAUCCUCGGUGGUGCUAAGGCUGAAAGCAGCAAUACCACACUAGUAGGUGGUCGAACAAAAAGAAAGAGUAAAAUUGCUAAAAAAUAUUUAUAAAGAUAAAAAUUAACAAAGAAUAAUGUUAAACAUAAUCGAGAAACAACGAACAAACGGGAUGGCAUCGCAAGGAUAACUUUCCAGCGAUCAAUGAGGCUAAAUGAGUUAAGAAAUUGUAGUGCAAAUUUGAAGUAAGUUUUAGAGAGAAUUAUAAUAAUUGAAUUAAUCAAGCAAUUAGUCUGCCCAUUGGAUUUGUUAUAAAUAAAUAAUUUAUUGAAGCAUUAAGCGCUGACGAUUGUUGCCUCUCAUCGGUGGACACGUGUACGCUGGAAGGAAUGAAAAGAAAUUAGAUGAAAUUGUAAAUAAAACAUGCACACACCGAGCGGCGAUAUUCACCUGUGUGGUCACCCGGCCGCCAGGGCACUUAUCGCUCGCAGUGUGCGGACAUCGCGAUCCAUUACGAAUGCGCCCCUGGUCAUUCCAGCACCCGGUACCUGGCUCGUGUUGUCGACCUCCUCGCGGGCGCCUUAGCCGGCGCCUUGCUUACGGGGGACUGGUUCCUCCGGGUUCCGA